CCUCACCCUCACAACUCAAUUUCCAAACCACCACCACCAAACCCCUCCAAAGAUGGCUCUCCUAGUAGACAAACACCGACCCCGCUCCCUCGACCAACUAACCUACCACCAAGACCUCUCCGCGCGUCUACGCUCCCUCGUACGUUCCCCCCUCAACCCCAACGCACCCCUAACAAAAAAACACAGGCACAAUCCGGCGACUUCCCCCACCUCCUCGUCUACGGGCCCUCCGGCGCAGGAAAGAAAACCCGCAUCGUCGCCACCCUAAAAGAGCUCUACGGCCCCGGAGUCGAGAAGAUCAAAAUCGACUCGCGGGUCUUCCAAACGACAUCGAACCGGAAACUCGAAUUCAACAUCGUCGCCUCGGUCUACCACUUAGAAAUCACGCCGUCGGACGUGGGGAACUACGACCGCGUCGUGGUGCAGGAUCUACUGAAAGAAGUGGCGCAGACGCAGCAGGUUGAUCAGAGUGCCAAGCAGAAGUUCAAGGUGGUGGUUAUCAAUGAGGCGGACCAUUUGACGCGGGAUGCGCAGGCGGCGCUGAGGAGGACGAUGGAGAAGUAUAGUCCGAAUUUGAGGUUGAUUUUGUUGGCGAAUAGCACGGCGAAUAUCAUUGCGCCGAUUCGCUCGAGGACGUUGUUGGUGAGGGUUCCUGCGCCGACGGAGGGGGAGAUCUGCGAUGUGCUUGCGAAGAGUGGGAAGAAAGAGGGAUUCCCCGCUGCAAGGGAGCUGGAGAAGAGGAUUGCGAGGGAGAGUGGCAGGAAUUUGAGGAGGGCGUUGUUGAUGUUUGAAGCUUGUCAUGCGCAGAAGUAUGCUCCCCUUCCCCAUCCUAUCCCUUCAAAAUCAGAGUGGGACUAAUGACCAACAGCGAGAAAGUAACAGAAACGACACCCAUCCCACCCCCAGAUUGGGAAGCUCUCAUCUCCACCGUCGCCAAAGAAAUGGUCGAAGAACACAAUCCCGCACGCAUCCUGCAAGUCCGAGCGAAACUCUACGAUCUCCUGACCCAUUGCAUUCCACCCAGUAUGAUUCUCAAGACCUUGACCUUUAAGCUGAUACCCUUGGUGGAUGAUGCGUUGAAGUCGGAUAUCGUGAAAUGGAGUGCGUUUUAUGAACAUCGGAUUCGAUUAGGGACGAAGUCUAUUUUUCAUUUGGAGGCUUUUGUAGCGAAGUUUAUGAGGAUUUGUGAGGAGCAUGAGAUGGAGAUGGAAUUUUAAAAAGUUGGGGUUAUAGGGAGUGGACAUUUGGCGUUUGGAAGGAGGGGGCGUUUCGUGUGUGUAUCUACUGGACUAUUGUCAUGCGUGAUGCCAUA